AUGGUGGUCAAAGGUGAUGCUUCAACUGGUGGUGCUGAGCAGAAGAACUAUGACAGAGCAAGUGAAAUCACGGCUUUUGAUGAAACCAAAUCUGGUGUUAAAGGGCUUGUUGAUGCAGGAAUCCUUAAAGUACCUAGGAUGUUCCAUUCCCCGCCUGAUGAUAACUUUGUUAAAUCAUCAGAUGAAUACAGUAUUCCAGUGGUUGACCUUGAGGGGAUUGAUGGCGAUCCAACCCGGCGAAAGGAGGCGGUUGAAAUCAUCCGAGGGGCAUCCGGGAAAUCGGGUUUCUUCCAGAUAGUCAACCACAGCAUCCCAGCUGAAGUUUUGGAUGAAAUGUUGGAUGGAACGAGGAAAUUCUAUGAUCAAGAUGAUGAAGUCAAGAAACAGUACUACACAAGGGAUGGUUCAAAGACUGUUGUGUAUAAUAGUAACUUUGAUCUGUUUAGUGCACCUUUUGCUAAUUGGAGGGACACCAGCUACGUGAAUAUGGCCCCAAAACCUCCCAAUCCAGAUGAAUUACCUGAGGUUUGCAGGGACAUUUUGAUCAAGUAUACAGAACAUGUAAUAAAGUUAGGUCGUUUUUUAUUUGAACUGCUUUCUGAGGCACUUGGACUCAAUCCAAACCACUUGAAUGAUAUGGGAUGUUCAGAGGGUCUUGCUGUACUUUACCAUUGUUAUCCCGCCUGCCCGGAACCGGAACGUACCUUGGGAGCUACCGGACAUUCUGACUAUGAUUUCCUCACAGUAUUACUGCAAGAUCAUAUAGGAGGACUCCAAGUUCUUUAUGACAACCAUUGGGUUGAUGUCUCUCCUGUUCCUGGAGCUCUGGUAGUCAACAUUGGAGAUCUUUUACAGCUGAUAUCAAAUGACAAGUUCAAGAGCAGUCAACAUAGAGUAUUGGCAAACAAUGCAGGUCCAAGAUUUUCAGUUGCAUGCUUCUUCACAACAGGAUUGGCACCAUAUUCAAAGAAAUAUGGACCAAUUAAGGAGCUGUUAUCGGAAGACAAUCCUCCGAUAUACCGGGAAACGACGGUGAGAGACUAUUCACUUUACUACAAUUCAAAAGGACUUGGAAGAUCGUCUGCCUUGGUUGAUUUCAGGCUUUAA